CUAUUAGUGGAUUAUUAGAGGAAAUAAAAAAAUCUCUCCUCCAAGGAGAAAACAUUAGAUUUCCCGGUUAUUUUUCGAUGCAUACGGUAAUGUCUAAAGCCCGUGAAGCUAUGAAUCUACAAACAGGCAAAAAAAUAAAAGUUCCGGCUAAAAUGACUCCCAAGGCCAAAUUUUCUUUGGAUUUGAAAAAAGAAAUUGCAGCUGCGAUUGAAACCAGUUGUGAUGAAACUAGUGUUGCCAUUUUAGAAAAAAAAAAAGUUCUAAGCAAUAUUACCAUUUCACAAAUUUUAGAACAACAAAAAUACGGAGGA